AUGGCUGCCAGUAGCACAGUCCAUUCAGUGCUUGAUAAGAUCAGUAAGGAUCAUCUAGAAUGUCCAAUAUGCACCAAUCGCUUCAUCAAUCCAACAAUGCUAGACUGUCUACACAGCUUCUGCUGCACAUGCCUCAAGGUGCUUCACCAAAAAGAUCCUAACAGCUCCAUCCUUCUGUGUCCUCUGUGCAGAAAGAAAACAACACUAGAAGACAACAAGGUUGACAGUCUACCUAAGGACUUUAAACUCAAUGCCCUGGUGGAUGAGUUUACUGUUCAGGAGCAACUCAUGGAGGGUCAUGGGUCACAGAUCAAAUGUCAAGUCUGUAAAAGAGAUCAUACAGCUAUUUCAAGAUGUUUUGACUGUGACAAAUUUAUUUGUCAAGAAUGUCAACAAGUACAUGAAUAUUUUGUGACAUUGGAAUCACAUAAAAUCUACUCACUUGCUCAACUGCAAUCAGGUGUAGUAACCUACCGCAGUAAAAUCAGGAAAUACAUUCCAAAGUGUGGCAAGCACAGUGAUCAGACUCCGAACAUCUACUGCAACACAUGCCAGAAGUUAGAAUGCACAACUUGUACCAUUCUUGAUCAUGCAAACCAAACACCAGACUUCACCGGAAUACCUGAGGCUUUAGACAAAUGCAAACAGGAAGUUGCAGAGCUGGUUGCAAAAGCUGAGAAAUGCAAGGCUGAUAUUGAAACUGCCAUGGAACAAGCUAGUGAGUCUCGCAAGAAACUGGAAUCUUCAUAUGCUGAAACCAUACUGAAAAUCUCCCAGAAGGCUGCCAAGGAGAGCGCAAGGAUCACUGAAGAGGAAAAGCAGCUGAAGCAAGAGGCAGAGAGUGUUUACAAAGACAGAGUACAGACAUUUGAAACUGCAGAGGCAACCAACACAAAAGAAGUGACCCAGGUAGAGCACAAGCUGGAUGAAGUGAAUCAGUUCAUGACCCAAGCAAGCUCUCAUGAGAUUAUGGAUUUCAAGCUGAAACUUAUAAACAAUCUUGAUGAACUAACUAAGAUACAAGGCGAGAUCGUGUCUGACAGGCUUUCCUUUCUUGAGUUCGAAGAAGGUGAAAGGUCAGUGGGAAGACUGGUGCUGGAAGAUGAGCAACAAGCUAAUACAAAACAGAAGUGGAAACUGCAUGAAGGUUUCAGCAAAUUUGGCCUCACAAACUUAAAAAAUGCAAGGUCUGUUGCAGCUUUCUCCAACAAUGAAAUAGUAGUAUUAGAUACAUGA